AUGAAGAGUAUUGGUGAUGGUCGUGAUACUUAUGUGUGGAUGGAUAAGUGGAUUCUUGACAAUCAUCCUCGAGCUCCAUAUCGAAUGCAAUCAGUCUUUCAGGUUAAUCUACGAGUGUUAGACCUUCGUGAAGCGGGUCAGAAUCAAUGGGAUAGGGGGAAAGUUCAAGACUUGUUUCCCUCAGAUGAUGCAAAACUGAUAUUGUCUAUGCCAGUGAAAGAGGGUCAUCGAGAUCCUUACAUUUGGCCUUAUACUAAUUCUGGUUCUUAUUCAGUUAAGAGUGGAUACUGGCUUUUGCAGACGUUGCCAUCAAUGUAUGAACCACGUAAUGCUGACAAGGUUAAACAAAAUGAGCUCAAGGCUAAGGUUUGGCAAGUGAAAACUGUUCCAAAAAUUAAAAAAUUCUUGUGGAGAAUGCUUUUUGGGGCUCUAGCGGUCUCUGAGCGUCUAGCUUCACGAGGUUGUAGUCGUGAUGCGAUGUGUUUGCGAUGUGGAGCGCAGUCUGAAACCAUUUGUCACACAUUAUUCGUUUGUCCGGUGGCAAGGGAGGAUAUGGAGAAGAACUGGGAACAUUUGCUUGUAAUAAUGCAGGAUACCACGAUUCCUGACUCGAUAAGAUUUGUUAUUCCGUGGUUAUUAUGGGGGAUUUGGAAACACCGCAAUACCUUAAUCUUCCAAGGCAAACACGGGUUAUACGUGAAUUGGUCUAGAAUGUCGGGUGGAGCUUGGCUCGCAAGAAAUGCUCAUGGACAGGUCAUGUACCAUGCACGAACAGCUCUCCCAGCCUCUGAAUCUCGUUUUGUCGCGGAUCUUCAGUGUCUACUAUGGGCUCUUGAAGCUCUUGUUAUACUCCAGAUUCCUAAAGUGGAAGUUGCAUUGGAUUCUGCUCUGGUUGUUGAGGCACUUAAUAAUCCUGCAGUUUGGCCGCGAUUUAGCUUAAUGUUGGGUAGCAUUCAUGAGAUUCUUUCAAAGUUUGCGUCGUGGAGAGCGUACACUAUCGAUGCUGCGGAAAAUUCAGUAGCUCGGGCGAUAGCGAAGAGUGUUACAAAAGAUGGUCAUUUUCAAUCCUAUCUCUCACUUGGAGGGCCUUCUCGGCUUCAUGAGCAAGUGAAAAUUGAGGCUGUUUAG